GUUCUUUUGUGAGACUUGUUCUCAUAAGAAAUAACCAAAAAAAAUUGUGAUUUUCAAAGUCUGUCACACCAAUUAUAUGUAUAUUAGACUCCGAUUCCCUUGGUUGUCCUAACAUUUUAUUUCAGGUUGAAUAUUCGUACAGCAUGGCACGACCUGUAAUGAGAAACGUACUGCUUUUGCUGGGGUUAUUGCUCUGCAUCGCCGGGGUUCGAACUCAGGAAGUCGAGGAUGAGAGGGAAUUUACGUACAUAGUGGGUGAGGAGACAGGGCCAGAUCACUGGGGAGAGUUGCAUGAAGAAUGGAGUGCCUGUGGAAAUGGGCGGCAGCAAUCUCCCAUUGAUGUGGUGAAGGAGCAAGCUAAAAUAUAUCCUGAUCUGGGCCAACUGCGCAGGAUUUAUCGCCCUGCAAAUGCAACCCUCGUCAACAGAGGCCAUGAUAUUAUGUUGAAGUGGCCUACAGGAGCUGGUAGUAUUGAGAUAGAGGGGAGAAGAUAUCAACUUAAUCAAUGCCAUUGGCACUCCCCAGCUGAGCAUACUGUAAAUGGCAAAAGGUAUCCUCUAGAAAUGCAUCUUGUACAUGAAUCAGAGGACAACAAAAUUGCAGUUGUUGGAAUUCUUUACACUUAUGGAAGGCCUGAUACCUUUCUUGCAGAGUUAAUGGAUGAAAUUGCCUCCAUUUCUGAUAUGGAGCCUCCAGAAGAAGCCCUUGGUAUAGUUAAUCCCUGGCACAUCAAAGUGGGCAGUAGGAAGUAUUAUCGUUACAAUGGAUCUCUCACCACUCCACCUUGUACAGAGGGAGUCACUUGGAACAUCGUCCACAAGGUGAGGACUGUAUCACGGGAACAAGUUAGAGCUCUGCAUGAAGCGAUACAUGAUGAACAUGAAAAGAAUGCACGACCCAUCCAAUCCACAAAUGGAAGAAUAGUGAAGAUGUACAAGCCUAAUGGCAAUCCUCAAUUGCAUUAAACUUGCACGGGUAGAAUUAUAUGAAAGGAGAAAAUAACAUUAGAUGAAAUUCUUUAUUUAUAUAGAUUGUUGAAUGUUAUCUCAUCAAUUUUGUUUUCUUCCAACAAUUUUGUAUUAUUUUUUAAAUGAAAUAUAUGAAAAAUAAAAAUCAUAAUACUAUUAUUUUAUCUUA